AUGAGGGAUUUGGGGUGUGAGUUAGGGUUCUUAAAUUAUGUAACAGUUCCUCCUGUUGGGCGUAGUGGUGGGUUAGCUUUGUUCUGGAAUCAGUCUGUCAAUCUUUCAGUAGAUUUCCUUUCUCCUAAUCUUGUAGAUUGUUAUGUUCAAUGCAAUGGUUUCAGUUUCUACUUGUCGUUUGUUUAUGGUCAUCCUGAAACUCGACUACGGAACGAUCUAUGGGAAAGAUUAGAGAGAUAUGGCACCACUCGAAGAGAGCCGUGGUUUAUACUUGGAGAUUUUAAUGAGAUUUUGGGGAAUCAUGAAAAGGUUGGGGGAAGAGUUAGACCUGAAGUUUCCUUUCACGACUUCAGAAGGAUGGUUAGAACCUGUGCGUUUACGGAUCUUAAGUCCAUUGGUGAUCGGUUCUCAUGGGCAGGUCAGAGAGGAGAUCACUAUGUCUCUUGUUGUUUGGAUCGCACAAUGGCUAACAGUGAGUGGCAUCUACAAUUUCCUAGUUCUGAGACGCACUUUCUAGAGCUUGGAGAAUCGGAUCACAGACCUUUAGUUACCUUUAUAGAAGACACAACAGAGGAGAGAAAGGGAAUGUUUAUGUAUGAUUCACGGUUGCAUAAUAAGGAAGGUUUUCAGGAAGCUGUACUAUAG